AUGUUGUUGAAGCGCUUCUUCUUCAGCGCUCUCGCUGCCACAGCAGCCGCCCGCUCACAGGUCAUCGACCUCAUCCCUUCGAACUUUGACGACGUCGUCCUCAAGUCCGGCAAGCCCACGCUUGUCGAAUUCUUCGCACCGUGGUGCGGUCACUGCAAGAAGCUCGCCCCCAUCUGGGAAGAUCUUGCUGUCACGUACGAGAAUGCCAAGGACAAGAUCCAGAUCGCCAAGGUCGACGCGGAUGCGAACCGCGAGUUGGGCAAGCGAUUCGGUAUCCAGGGAUUCCCUACUCUGAAGUACUUUGACGGAAAGAGCGAUAAGCCCGAGGAAUACAAGUCUGGCAGGGAUCUUGAAUCUUUGACCGCCUUCAUUGAGGACAAGACUGGUAUCAAGUCCAAGAAGAAGCAGGAGUUGCCCAGCGACCUCACCCUGCUGACCGACGAUACCUUUGAUGCUGCUGUUGGUCAGGACAAGCACGCCAUGGUGGCCUUCACUGCACCCUGGUGCGGCCACUGCAAGAAGCUCGCUCCAACUUGGGAAACUGUUGCUACCGACUUCUCCAGCGACUCCAGCGUUCUGAUCGCCAAGGUCGACGCGGACUCUCCCACGGGCAAGGCCACUGCCAAGGCUCACGGUGUCAGCGGGUACCCCACCAUCCUAUACUUCGCUCCCGGCAGCAAGGAGGGCAUCAAGUACACAGGCGGCCGUUCUGAGGAGGACUUGCUCACCUUUGUCAACGAGAAGGCUGGCACCCACCGUCUUCCCGGCGGUUCCCUUAACGUCACUGCCGGCACUAUCGAUGCCCUGGAUGCAGUGAUCCUCAAGCUGACCGGCUCUAACAUUGCCGAGAUCUCCACUGAGGUCACCGCCGAGGCCGAGAAGCUCAAGGAGACUGCGCAGUACAAGUACGCCGAGUACUACGUUCGCGUUUUCACCAAGCUAGGCGAGAGCGAUACGUACGUUGCCAAGGAGCUAGCUCGCCUCGAUGGCAUCCUCGCCCAGGGUGGUCUGGCCCCUGCUAAGCGUGACGAGAUUCAGAGCAAGGUCAACGUGCUGCGUAAGUUCAUGGCGCAGCUCGCUGAGAAGGUCCAGGAGAAGGUGGAGGAAAUCAAGGAUGAGCUGUAG